ACAGCAUACCCUUCUUCUCAUCCACAUCUCUCUCUCUCUAUCUCUCUCUCUCUCUCUCUCUCUCUCUCUCUUGUAUUUUUGUUUAUAAUUCAUAUAUUCAUGUGGUUUAUGGUUGGAUUUUCUUGGUACCAAGAAGCAAGUUUUUCUUGAGAAAAAGAUAAAGAAAUUGAAGAAAAGAAGUAGUUUAGGCAUCUGGGGUUGAUUUCUAGUUUACUAUUACUUUCUUUCUUUCUCUUUGUUUGUUUUGAGUUAUCAAAAAACCAAAAGUUGUCUCUUUGGUUGAAGCCAAACGAAGAAGAAACUAUCAAGAAAAGAUGAUGAAAGGUUUGAUAUUUCAUCAGCAGCAACAACAAGAGGAAAACAUGUCUAAUUUGACUUCAGCUUCUGGGGAAGCAAGUGUUUCUUCGGGUAACAGAAAUGAAACCAACUAUCCUCCUCAACAAUACUUUGCUCAUCCUCCUCCUCCUCAAUCUCAACCUCCUGCCAAGAAGAAGAGAAACCUACCAGGAAACCCAGACCCAGAUGCAGAAGUGAUAGCUCUAUCACCAAAGACUUUGAUGGCAACAAAUAGAUUUGUAUGUGAGAUCUGUAACAAAGGGUUUCAAAGAGAUCAGAAUCUUCAACUCCAUAGAAGAGGGCAUAAUCUGCCAUGGAAGCUAAAGCAAAGAACAAACAAGGAAGUCAUAAGAAAGAAGGUUUAUGUUUGUCCGGAAACUAGCUGUGUUCAUCAUGACCCAUCGAGGGCACUUGGUGACCUGACAGGAAUCAAAAAACACUUUAGCAGAAAGCAUGGCGAGAAGAAGUGGAAAUGUGAUAAGUGCUCAAAAAGGUAUGCAGUUCAAUCAGAUUGGAAAGCUCAUUCCAAGACCUGUGGCACUAGGGAAUACAGAUGUGACUGUGGAACCCUUUUCUCAAGGAGGGACAGCUUCAUAACACACAGAGCAUUCUGUGAUGCUUUGGCAGAGGAGAGUGCAAGAGCCAUUACAGAUGCACCAAACCCACUUCUCAUCCCCUCUAAUCAAUCUGCUGCUGCUGCUUCUUCAGCCACCCAAAACCCUAUAAGUCUUCAUCAAGUACCCCAGUUGAUGAAUAGCCAUCAAAACUUGCAUGCAUUUUCACUUAAAAAAGAGCAACAAACGUUUAGUACUACUACUGCUCUAAGGCCAGAGUUGCCACCUUGGCUUGCUUGCCCACCAGGAGUACUAGGGUCUGGUUCUGGUCAUGGUCCUGGCCCACCACAUCAUCAACAAACACCAAUUGAGCAUCAUCAUCUAUCAUCAUCAAUCCUUAACUUUCAACAAGAUUUGGGUUCUUCAAACCCUAACCCUAGUCUUGGACCCACUCUACCACACUACCAAGCAGCACCACCACCAUCCCCACAUAUGUCAGCUACUGCAUUGCUGCAAAAAGCCGCUCAGAUGGGUGCAACCAUGAGCAGUAAAACAACUACCGCUGGCUUGAUGAUGAGACCCCACCAACACCAACAUCAACACGAACAAGCUCACGUGACUGCAGAUUCUACUAAUAACAACGCAAAUACAACUGGUUUUGUUUUGAAUUUGUCCUCACGUGAUCAAGAACUGGCAGCUAGUGGUGGUGGUGGGUCAUUUGUUCAUAGCCUGCAGGCUGCAGGUGCUAAUGGUGUUCUUCUUCAAGAAAUGAUGAAUUCUCUGUCUUCUGCUGCUUCUGGGUUUGAAGGGACUGCUACUGCUACUGCUACCUCUUUUGAAGAUGCAUUUGUUAGUGGGGUCUUGAACAAUUCUAAGAAAGAUGGCAACUUUCUUGAUGGUUCUCUAUCAAAAGCAACAACAAACGGCAAUAAUGGUGGCGAGGACUUGACUAGAGAUUUCUUGGGUCUUAGGGCUUUUUCUCAUAGUGAUAUACUGAACAUGGCUGCUGGUCUUGGUAAUUGCGUUAAUACUUCUCAUGAACAACAACAGCAAAAUCAGUCUCAAAAAACAUGGCGAGGUUAGCUAGCUCUCUGGAGUUACUUUCUCUUUUUGCUUAUAGUUUUAAAUGUUUUAUUUCUUUUUUCUUUUCUUUUUUUUCUCUUUUGUUGCCUAGCUUCCCAAAGGGAAAAGAAACAUCUUAAAAAUAUUCAGAUAGUUCAUUGCCUUAUAUAUUCAGCUAUAAUUCUAUAAAUUUUUGGCCUUUCUUUCUAA